AUGGAAGAGGAUAAGCCAACUUGUAAAGAAAAGAGUGAGGAUAUCAAAAAAUAUAUUAAUGAAAAAGAUGAACUUAUUAAUUUUUGUGAAAACAAUACAAAUAAUAAACCAAGUGAACAAAUUGUAGAAAAAAAUUGUUGUCAUAUAAAUAACAGACAAUGUUAUCAUAUUGAAAAUAAUCAAUGCUGUGCAGAAAAAAUUCUUCAUAAUUAUGAACAAAAUGAAAAAGACCUGAACAAGUCAGAAGAAAAAAACAAGAGUCAGGAAAUUUUUUAUAAGGAUAAUGAUAGUGAAGAUGAAGAAUUGAUAGAUAUGUGGAUAAGCUUAAAUUAUACAUCAGUAGAUAAUAUAAAUAUAUGUGAAAAGGUAGAUGAUUUAAAUAUAAAUGAAAAAGAGAAAGAAAAUGAUAAGUCAAAAAUGGAAAGAUUACGAAAGAGACAAAUAAUUGAAAAUGAUCAGAAAAAAGAGAAUGAUGAGAUUGAAACAAAUGAAGAGGUGGAUAUAAAAGAAGAUGAUAGUAAUUAUUCCAGUGUUGAAGAUAUUAUAAUAAGUAAUAAAGAUGAAGCAAAUAUUUCAAGUGAUUGCACACAAAAAGAUUUGGAUAUAUCUUGUAAGGAUGAUAAAAAGAGUAUAAAGAAUAAUAACAAAAACAAAAAAAAAAAGAGGAAGAAAAAAAAAACAAAAAAUGAUAUGAAAUCAUUAUUAUGCUUAAAUUCUUUAGAUAAAUCAUUUAUUCAAGUUCCUCUUAAUUGUAUAUUAAAUACAUUUCGAAAUAUUCAAAAAGAGAUAGAAAAGAAUUUUAUGAUAAUUACAUUAUUUAUAGAAAAGAAAUUAAAAAAUUUAGGUGAUGAUGUGUGUAUAGAAAAAUUAAAUACUAUGUUAGAAAAAUUACAAGUAUUAAAAAGAAAAGUAAAUGAAUCCAAAAUGUUAUUAAAUAAAUAUAUCAGAAGAUUAGUAAGUCGUUUAAAAUAUAUAUAUUUUGAAGGAGAUAUACAAGUUCAAAAUUUAAAAUAUGAUUUUCGAUUUCAGAAUUAUGAGAAAAGAAUUAAUUGGCUAAUCAAUGAAUAUUUAUGUACAUAUGGUUAUUUUGAUACUGUAUCUAUAUUUUGUAAACGAUAUAAUUUAGAAGAUUAUUCAGAUAAAGAUGUAUAUAAAGAAUAUAUAUAUAUAAUUAAUGAACUAAUAAAACAUAAUACACAGCCAGCAUUAGAAUUUUGUCAAAAAUAUAAAUCACAAUUAAAAAAAAUAGAUUCAAAUAUGGAAUCUGAAUUACAUUUACAAUAUGUUAUUCAAUUAAUAUUUGAAAGUAAAUAUUUAGAAGCAAUCGAAUAUAUUAAAAAAAAAGUUUCACAACAACAUGGAUGUAUAGAAUCAGAUUUGAAAUAUAUAAUUACACACAUAGCACUUUAUAGUAACAAUAAUAAUAAUAAUAAUAAUAAAAUUAAAAAAUUAAAAAAAUUUAAUGAAAAUAGAUGGAAAAAAAUUAUCAAUUUAUUCAAAAGAGUAUAUUCAGAUAUAUCUGGUCUUUCUACAAAUCCUUUACUUGAGCUUUUAUUAAAAGCAGGAAUAUCUGUAAUUAAAACAGAUCAUUGUGGAAAAAAAACGUCUACAAAAUGUCCUACAUGUAUAAAGGAAUUAAAAAAUACAAUUAAUAAAUUACCAAAUAUACAAAAAACAAAAAGUUUUUUAGUAUGUCCAUAUACCAAUGAAGUAAUGGAUGAAAACAACCCUCCUUUUACAACUCCAACUGGAUAUGUAUUUUCAGAGAAGGCUAUUUCUUUAUUUUUAAAAUCGGAUGAAAUAUUUGAAUGUCCUAUAACAAAUGAGAAGUAUCGCAUGGAUGAAUUUUCUCGUCUCUUCAUAUGA